GAUUAGGCUCCUCCUCUACUUUCACAUUAAGGACAUGUUACUUUGUUAGCAGUUGAUAUGAAAUAGAUCAGAUUCAGGGCAAAGUUGACAUGGAUACUCAUGAUGUUUCGCUAGCAGACGGUCCGUAAAGAGCUAUGCGCUGUCCUACGAUGACGAUCCAAGUCAAUAUUGGCGCUUAAUACCUGGGUGUAAAUUAUAUGGAAGAUAAAAUGCCCACUGUUAUUGCUCUAGAUGUGUCUCUGUCAAUGAGUAGACCUGUGGUCAUUCCAGACUGUACAGAAGAAUAUCAAAGAAAACACCUGGCAAUUCAUGGAAUUAACUGCUUCCUAGAUUACUUGUCCAACAAUUUCAAACUAGAAUUUACCUCACUGGUAGUAUUCUCCUAUCUCUGGGAACAACGUGUUCCAUUUACAAGGAACUAUGAGACCAUUAAGUCGGCUCUAAAUAGUGUGGAAGAAUACAACAAGACCUCUAUAGAGGCUGGUCUGACAGGUGUGUCAUCGGUGGUGACAGAGGAGUGGAACUCUGUCACACCCUCACAGGUUAUCCUAGUGACAGAUGGCAGAACAGGAUUUGGUCAAAGGUCCUUGAAAAAUUCCCUAGAGACAUGGGACCAAAGAGAUUCCAGCGGAGAUGAAAAAUUUCCCCUUCCUUUUAAGUUUCCUUGUAAAUUACACAUCGUGAUUAUUAGCAAUCCAAAUGACCCUGAUAUCAAAAGUUCUCUCCCCUUAUUUGAAAAACUGAUAGAGAUUAAUGGCCAAGGAGGAGAACUAUACGUACCAGACAAUUCUUUAACUAUGCAGUCUGUGGAAGCCAUGAUUAUGAGAUUACAGGAGAGAUAUUUUAAGCCUUACAAUGGAUCACUGAAAUGUGGAAAUUUCAAGUGCGCUGUGCAGCUGUUCCCACCUCCAGAUCCCUAUGAUAUGAUGCAGGAGUUUGAAGAAGUCCAUCAAGAAGUCAAUUCUAAUCUGGAGAUUGUGGGCUUUAUUGACAUUGCGGACAUUGCCAGCCCCCAGGCUCUCUCUCGUCAUCUUGUCCUCCCACUCCCGAACAAAGACCCCAAAGCCUCCAACAGUGAAGGUGAGAAUAAGAAGGAGGAGGAAGAUACAACACAAGAAGAAGGGAAGGCCCCAAGUUUUACUGUUCUCCUACACGGAAGUCUGAAAGUGGAGGGCAUGGUUGCCCUUACUCAGGUGGCAGAGAAUUGGUUUGGAAUUUUGUAUUCCUGGGCAGAUAGUAAAAAGAAAAGUAAUCUGAUGUUGAGUUUGUUAGAGCCAGGACAAGAGUCAGUAAAUUGGAUUGGCAAUGUAAAUAAUUUAGCUCCAAUAUCUGAUUUUGUUGAACCACCCUAUGGAGAAGAUGACAAUAAAACUCCAUUUCCAAUCCGACCAGCAGAGAAACACAGCUAUGCACAGAGCUGUGUUGUCUGGAUUAAACCCUCUGGGCUCCAGGCUGACAUACAAAAAGUGUUGAGACAUGCCAGAAAACUUCCUGAAAAGCACCAGCAGUUUUACAAGGAAUUGAACAGACUACGAAGGGCUGCAUUGUCAUUUGGAUUUCAUGACCUUCUUGAAGCUAUGGCAUCUAUGUUGGACAGGGAGUGUACUAUGCUGCCUGGAUCAGCUCAUCCAGAUGCAGCACUUCAGCUUACCCAUGCUGCUAAUGCACUCCGGAAUGAAAAUGCUACAGAUAUCUCAGAAAUGAUUCUCCCUUUAAGAACCAAUUUCAGUCAGGAAACUACUUGAACAAGACCCUCUAGGUUGCACAGAAUGACUUUGAGGCAAUGGGAAAAUUUGACACCAGGAAGAGUAUGCAAAGUGAAGUUAAAGGCAAUGACAAAAGCACCUGCUAUGUACAGUGAUAGUGAUGUGUUUAAGAAUUGGAAAAUGGUUAUGUGACAGGGAGUGACAACUCUAUUCUGAGGAGUUGAUGUUCAUUUUACUCAUCAUCAGGUUUUUGUCAAUCAAAUAAAGAGGAAGUGAAAGUAAUAAGUGCAAGUAUGUGUUUGUGAAUAAAUGUGUAACUUGGAAAUUC